AUGUCUAGUUCAGACGAAGAGGCCUUGUAUGAUGAUCUGGAUGAUUAUAGAGUAUUAAUUGACCCUCAUGGAUCUGAAAAUGAUGAUGCUAUCAACAAUAAUGAUGAUGAUGAUGAUGAUGAUGAUGAUAAUGAUGAUGAUGAUGGAUUCAACUAUAUUGAUGAUUUUGAAGGUAUGGACCCAGAUGAAAUAGAUUUACUGGCGGAAUUUUCAGAUAUAAAUUCUGAUGAACAAAGCAACCCAGAUGGGAAAAGGAAAAAGAAGGAGAAAAAAAAGAAAAUGAAAGAAUCUGGCAAGUAUAACGAUAAUUUUAAAUAUUCUGAAAGUGAACAAGAAAGUACAGAUGGUGAGGAUGAAGAACAAAAUUUCAUGAACGCAAUUAGAGAGGCCAAUAAUUUUAAAGUCAAAACCAAAAAGAAAUCAGGUGGUACCGGUUAUAGAAGAGUUAAAACAGUUGAUCCGGAAAUAGCGAUGCUAUUGUCUGAAGCCAAUGAGGCCUAUGUUCGAAAUGAUAUUCAGGUUGCGGAAAAUCUAUACAACGAAGUUAUCAAAAAGGAUGCCAAGAAUUUUGCUGCCUAUAAGACUUUGGGUGAUAUUUAUCAAAUUCAAGGAAGACUAAAUGAUUGCUGUAAUUCAUGGUUUUUAGCUGCGCAUUUAAAUUCUUCAGAUUGGGAAUUUUGGAAAGUUGUUGGUUCAUUAUCCAACGAACUAAAUCACAAAAGACAGGCUUUAUACUGCUAUUCAAGAGCUUUGUCUGUUAAUCCGAAUGAUGCACAGUGCAUUUACGAAAGAGCGCUUUUAUAUAAGACUAUUGGUCAAUUGGGUAGAGCAUUGGAAAGUUUCCAAAAAUUACACAAGAUUUAUCCCUAUGAUGGCGACAUUUUACGUGAACUAGCUGUUAUUUAUGUUGAUUAUGAUAAAAUUGACGAAGCCAUCGAACUAUACCUUAAAAUAUUGAAACAAAACAUCGAAAAAAGAAAAAUCAUUAGGAAUUAUAUGGAAAAUGCACUUGAUUCGUCAUCUGAAGAUGAAGAUACAGAUUCUGCGGAAGAAACAGAUAAUGAAUAUGAUGAUUCAGAGGAUCAAGAAUUUAAUGAAUUGCCCAAAAAAUUAAGGAAUAAGUACCGUUGCAUCCCCUUUGAUUGGUCUUCAUUAAACAUUUUGGCCGAGCUAUAUUUAAAAUGGGCACCUACAGACCCAUUACAUGCGAUAAGAAAUAUUAAAAGAUGUGCAAGGUGGAUACAGUAUAGAGAAUCUCAAACAUUUUGGGACGAUGUUUCUAAUGACUCGGAAUUUGACGAAAGAAGACAGAAAAAUGCGAAAUUCCAAGCGUUGGGUGAUUUCAAAAAUGAUUUUGAGUAUUUUUUGCCAAUUGAUAUUAGGAUUAGGUUGGGUUUAUUAAGAUUGGCAUCCAAAAAUAUACCAGAAGGCUUGGUUCAUUUUAAUUUUUUAUUUGUGGAGAAUUUCGAAGAUAUCGCGGAUCUAUUUUUUGAAGUGGGUGUUGCUCUAACAAAACUGGAAGAGUAUAAACAUGCUGUAGAUUUUUUUGAGCCCUUGUGGGAUUUUCCAGGUUACUCUACGUUAGAGUAUUAUAAACCAUUAGCCAAGUGCUACAGGGAAUUGGAAAAAUAUGAAGAAGCCAAAAAUGUGUAUAGUAAGAUUGUUGAGAUGAGACCUGGUGAUUUGGAAUCUAAAUUGACAUUGGCAGAAAUGUAUUAUCACCUAGCGAAUUUGAACAUGUUUAAUAAAUUGUUGUUAGAGGUUGUACAGGCGCGUAAAAGACAAAAAGAGCAAGAUGGAGAAAAUGAAAAGAAGGACAAUAACGAAGUUGGUUCUGAUGUAGUUGACAAUAAUAAUUUGCCCAUUGGCGACGUAUCAUCGACAGCAAAACCAUUAAUGACUGAUGAUAAACCGCUUUUUAAUGCUAUUAAUGCCAAAAAGAAAAAGAAAUUGAAAGGUGUAGAUAUGGAAAAAUAUAGGAAGGAAAGAGAACAAAAAAUUGCGGCAAGUGUUAUUGAUAGGUACAAAAAACUAAAAAUUUAUAAAUUAGGCAUGAAUAAGAAUGACGAAAACCAGUUAAUGUUAUGGAUAGAUACUGCUUCUGAUUUAGUGGAUAUUUUCACGAGUGUUCGUAAUUUUUUUGUUAAAAAUAGAUCGAAAAAAUUUGUUGGUAUUAUCAAAAGGGCUAGGAAAUUUAAUAAGCUUCUUGAUUAUAAGAUUGAAAGACUUUCCAAGUUGUCGAUGGGCGAGAAUUUAAUUGAUGGUAUGCCUAUCACCGAAGAGCGUAUUCAACUAAUUUCAACCACAGAGCUUCGUGGGUUAAAAUAUGAUGAAUGGUUUGAACUUUUCAUGGAACUAGCGUUGAUUGUUACCAAGUAUCAAAGCAUUGAGGAUGGGUUGAGUAUCAUUGAAACCGCACAAGAUAUUAAUGUUUUCCAUCAAGAUCCAAAUAGAAAUAAAAUGAUGAAAUUUGUCAAAUUUUCUAUUGUGCUACAAAUGGAAGACGGUUUGGAAAUGAUUGAAAAUUUACGUGUUUUGUUAAACCAAUUUCAAUUCAAUCGUAAGUUGUACCAAAUUUUCAUGUUUAGUUUGGCAGGUGGUGGGAACAUGGCAGUGGAUAUAAUAAGUUCCACACUAGAGCAGAAGUUCUUUUUAAGACAAAUAAAAGCAUUUGACAGUAUACGAUUCAACACACAUGUCUCAGGACAGGCAUCGAUUAGCAAUAAGGCAGUUGAAGAGAAUUUAGAAUGCUUGCCCUCUGCUUACCUUUAUUACAUUUAUGCAAUGCUGUUAUAUUCCAGCAGAGGUUUUUUAUCAUCCCUUCAGUAUUUAAGUCGAAUUGAAAAACAGGUAAGUGAUGAUCCGAUGUUUAAUUUGAUGAUGGGAUUAUCCUACAUACACAGGUCGAUGCAGAGGUUGACACCAAAUAGACACUUUCAGAUCUUGCAUGGGUUUAGAUAUUUGUACCAGUACUAUGAUUUAAAAGCCAAUUCUAAUGAUACUAUUGAUAAACAAGAGGCUAGCUAUAAUAUAGGUAGAUCUUUUCAUUUGUUGGGGUUAUUAACUCCGGCAGUGAAGUAUUAUUAUGAAGUGUUGGAUUCUAAAUUUAAAGAUAGAAGAUUGAAAAAGCAUGCAGCAUAUAAUUUGGUUUUAAUAUUCAAUGAAAGUGGGAAUACUAGAUUAAGUAGUUGGUUGAUAGAGCACUAUUUCUAUUUAAAAAAUCAUCCUUUAAAAGACAAUAAAACCAAAUAUCUACAUAUAAUAACCGGUAUGCCGCGUCCAUCUCAGAAUAUUCCAUUUCCCAUUAAAAUGAAGACUUUAUUAAAAAUGUCUAUACAAAGGUUGCGUUAUGCACAAGAAAAAGGCGAAUCUACUGCCAAACAGUCCAGAAGAGAUGUUGCAAAGUUAUUGAAGAAUGGAAAAGAAACAAAAGCGUUAUUUAAAGUAGAAACUUUAAUUAAUGAUGAUAACCAUAUGGAAUUACUAGAAAUAAUGGAAUUGUACUGUGAAUUAUUACACGCAAGGUAUCAAUUAGUGGGGACUAUUAGAGAUGAAAUUGAUCUUAUCGAAAAUCAUAUGGACGAUGGAAUCAAUGAGGCCAUAAGAGCAAUAGUUUUCGCAAGUAUACAUAUACCAGAAAUUAAAGAAAUACAGCAAUUAAAAGAACUGUUUAAAUUUAAGUUUGGCCUUGACUUUAUUAAAAGUAUUGUAGAUGAGAAAGUUGGUGUUCCUGAACGAGUUAUUAACAAGUGUUGUCCAAAAUUGCCCUCCGAAGAGUUAGUGGAAUUGUAUACCAUUGAAAUAGCAAGAGUUUAUGAUGCACCUUAUAAUAAGAUGGAUGAAAACAAGCAAGAUGAAGUUGGGACAGAGGAAACAGGUAGUAAGGAGCAUUUAAAACAAGAUAAUCUUCAAAAGGAAACAUCGAAUACUGGAAGUAAUGAAGCUAGCAACAAAGAGUCUGUGACGCCUAAGGUAUCUGAAUCUUUAAAAAGAGCUAUACAUACCAAAGAACAAAAAAAUACUCAAGAUUUAGAAUUAGAAGAUCUAAAGAAAAGAUUUGAAGCUUUAAGACAUUAG